UUUUCUCCACGCUGCUUCGUUGAACUAGAUUUAAGUCUUCGCUUCAAGUCCGGAUGUGAGAGAGGGAGAGGAGGAGGAGAGGAGGAGUUGAUUUGUGUCUCUGAACACAUCCUUUUCUGAUCUGUUAUGUUGAAAAAGUUGAAAGAUCUCUGAAUAUACACUUACCCAUUUACAAUCCCAUAUAUACAUUUACUUCUUUUUCCAGUUUCUCUUUAGCUUGAGAUCUCUAUAGAAGAAGCUCAGGAGCUUUGAUCAGCUGUGUCUUAUUCAUCACUCUAUUUUUUCCGGGCAGCCAUAUUCACAUGAUAAGUAGAAUCUAAUUUAUUGGAAGAAAGAGAGGCAAAUUGUUCUUGUAUUUCGCGUUGCCACAUAUUAGUUAAGGGUCAAAUGUCGUUUCGCAGCAUAGUUCGUGAUGUAAGAGAUGGUUUCGGGAGCUUAUCACGCAGGAGUUUUGAUGUAAGGCUGUCUGGUCAUCACAGAGGAAAGUCGCAUGGUUCGUUUCACGAGUUGAAUGACCAGCCUCUGGUAAUUCAGAGCAGUUGCUGGGCCAACCUCCCUCAAGAGCUACUUUGUGAUGUAAUUAAAAGAUUGGAGGAGAGCGAGAGUACGUGGCCUGCUCGAAAACAUGUUGUCGCUUGUGCUGCUGUUUGCAGAUCAUGGAGGAGUAUGUGCAAAGAAAUUGUUAGAAGUCCCGAAUUUUGUGGGAGGCUUACUUUUCCAGUUUCCCUGAAGCAGCCGGGAUUUCGUGAUGGAGCUAUACAGUGCUUCAUCAAAAGGGAUAAAUCUAAUUUGACAUACCAUCUUUUCCUAUGUCUUAGCCCUGCUUUGCUAGUUGAAAAUGGGAAAUUCCUUCUUUGUGCAAAGAGAACUCGACGAACUACUUGCACAGAGUAUGUUAUUUCAAUGGAUGCUGAUAACAUUUCGAGAUCCAGCAGCACUUAUAUUGGAAAGUUGAGGUCAAAUUUUCUCGGCACAAAAUUCAUAAUGUAUGACACACAGCCUCCAUAUACCGGUGCCAAUGUACCCCAGCCAGGACGAACCAGCCGUAGAUUCUAUUCCAAAAAAGUAUCCCCUAAAGUCCCAACCGGUAGCUACAACAUAGCCCAGAUCACAUAUGAGCUGAAUGUGUUAGGGACGCGGGGCCCGCGAAGGAUGCACUGCAUCAUGCACUCGAUCCCUGCUUCAUCACUCGACGCUGGCGGCAUCGUGCCCGGCCAACCAGAGCUUGUUCCCCGCUCCCUUGAGGACUCGUUUCGGAGCAUUUCGUUCUCGACAGAGUUCAGCAGCUCGAGAUUUUCUGAAAUUGGCACCAGCAGUUUGUGUAAUGAGGACGAAGAUGGGAAAGCAAAGCCCUUGAUUCUUAAGAACAAGGCCCCGAGAUGGCACGAACAGUUGCAAUGUUGGUGUUUGAAUUUCCGAGGGCGUGUUACUGUUGCAUCAGUCAAGAACUUUCAGUUAAUUGCUGCCAUGCAGCCACCGGCAGCCUCGGGUGCACCAACAGGCUCUCAGCCAGCCCAAUCUGAGCACGACAAGAUCAUUUUGCAGUUUGGUAAGGUUGGCAAAGACAUGUUUACGAUGGAUUAUCGGUAUCCGCUAUCGGCAUUUCAGGCUUUUGCAAUCUGCUUGAGCAGCUUUGAUACCAAGCUGGCUUGUGAAUAGAAGAAAAACAGAAAAUAAACUGUAGGUUGGGAAGAAAAGGCACAUAAAAACCAGUGGUUGUGCCUUUUAAAUUUUUUUUUUUUUAAUGUUCUUGUCAUUUUCAUGUCAUUUAGGAAUAGGAGAUUGUUGUUAUAUGAACAUAUUGGGACUGUUUGUUACCGGUGAUAAUAGUUUAUUUUGAUUUGGGAAUUUGUGUUGAA